AUGUCUAUCGGAGUCGGUCUUGUCGGUGGAGACAUACAGCCCGCCAUCGAGGCCGCCAAGGACCUCACCCUCAAGGCGGUCUUCUCGAGGACCCUGAAGUCUGCACAAUCCAUCGCAGACGUCGUAGCAGGAUCUCCUCAGCUUUACUCCGAUGAAGGGGAUGCCGGAUUCGACGCUCUCCUGGAGCGAAGCGAUGUUGACGCCAUUAUUGUCUCGCUGCCCAUCGCCAAUCAGCCGCCGUACAUUCGCAAGGCCCUGCUGGCGGGAAAGCAUGUCCUCUCUGAGAAGCCCGUCGCAGAGAACGUCAAGGACGCUGUUGAGCUCAUCAAGUGGUACCGCUCCGAAAUCAAGGGCCUGAGCUGGACCAUUGGCGAGAACUGGCGUUUUCUCAAGAGCUACGAGUUCGCCGCCGGUGAGCUGAAGAAAGGCUCUCUGGGCAAAAUUAUCGGCUUUCAUGGCCGCCAGCAUGGAUGUGUUCCCCUGGACUGGAAGUUCAACCUCACCGAGUGGCGAAGGAAACCUACCCAUCAGGGUGGCUACCUCCUUGAUGGAGGUGUUCACUACAUGGCCGGUCUCCGUCUCCUGCUUGCUUCCCAGUCGAGUGACCAGGUUGCCCGUCUGUCUUCGUUCACCACCCAGAUUAAGGAAUACCUUCCUCCCGUUGACACGGCCGGUGUCAUCAUCAAGACCAAGGCUGGCGUGACUGGAACGUUCCAGAUAUCCAGGGGCACCAGCCUGAGCGCCGAUGAGUGGACUGUUGCGUGCGAGAACGGGUGGAUCAAGAUCGAGAACGAAAAGGUCACAAUUUCCCGCGAUGGCACAGAGACGGUUGAGACUGUGGCUAACGAGAGGUCUGGAGUUCCUCCGGAGAUCCGUGCCUGGGGAGAAGCCCUUGUUGCCGGCAAAGUACGUCCGGAGCAGGAGCCUGAGGCGGCUCUUGCAGACCUGGAAUUGAUCGAACUCAUGCUUCGAAGUGGAGAGAGCAACGGGGCGCCUGUCGAUACUCAGCAUCAGGACGUGUGA